GCGCAAGAUUUGCACCAGCUCUUGGUCUUCUUUCAGUCCCGUCUUGUUCUUGUUGCCGUUUCCUCCUCUUGAUUGCACCGCCCGUCUCCUCCCCCAUUGAGCACCGUGAUCGAGUGCGCGACGUGCAUAUAUUUGUUCGGAACUUGACGCCGGCGAGUUGGACCAGUUUCCUUCUCCCACUUCUCUCCCGCUUUCCCCAAAGUCUGGUUGCCAUUGGCCAGAGCCUUGGCGCACCCCGUUGCUUUCCUUCCUUGUCGCCCUCUUGUCGCCCUCGUCUCUCCUCGAAACGUCAAGCGCUACUCGCCAGAGAUCAGGUGUCACCACCUCUCCUUCUCCUUCUCCUUCUUCUUGUUGGACACGGUACCCGCGACUCUGGUCGUGCCUUUUGUGCGGGCGCGUCGCACGCUUGGUCUUGGUCGAUUUUGGAAUCGGGCAGACCAGCGCCCGACACAUUUGUUCAAAGCGGCACGUUCCAUGUCACUCGCGUGGGUCGGCGCCUGGUCUCGCGCGUUUGCUCCCAUUGCCUCGCGCCACUUGCGACAGCCUCGCCCUCGGUUGGCCCCCACCCUCUCGCUUCCGCUUCACCGGGCGGGCGCCGCCGCCGUCGCCGACAUGUCCACCAGGGGCAUCAUCACCCAGGUCGACGAGAGCGGAAGCUACGUGUCUGAUGAACCUGCACAGUCCUGGUGGCAGCGGAGUCUUUGCUGUUGUACGGGUCGCAAGCCCGAGCAAGUCGUCACUCACACACGCCAAACUCAGGCCCAAGCUGCCAACCCCACCCCUCUCUAUGGCCCGCCCGUUCCCAAUGCCGACUUUAUCCUGCCCAUCGAGAUUGACGGCACCACGCACAAUGUCUACGUGCUGAAGCGCCCCUUUGUCGAUGAGUUUCUCGAGGCCACGGGCAAACUUUUUGAAGUUGUGCUCUUCACCGCCAGUCUGCCCAAGUAUGCAAGCCCCGUCUCAGAUCGUCUGGAUCCGCAAGGAUUUAUUCAGCAUCGACUCUUCCGUCAGCACUGCGUCUUCCAUGAAAAUUCCUACAUCAAGGAUUUGAGUCGGUUAGGGCGCAAUGUGGACCAAUGCAUCAUUGUGGACAACGCGCCCAGUUCCUAUUUAUUCCACCCGCAGAACGCCGUGCCCAUUGAAUCCUGGUUCGACAAUCCGGAAGACACGGCACUCAGGGAUUUGAUUCCUUUUUUCACCCGCCUGGCCGAACUCAACAACAUCUACCCAGCCCUGGAAAUGGCCUAG